AUGUCUGGUUCUGGUGCUUCCGGUAACAAAUUCCGUAUGUCUUUAGGUUUACCAGUUGGUGCCGUUGUAAACUGUUGUGAUAACUCAGGUGCAAGAAACUUAUACAUCGUCUCUGUUAAGGGAUUCGGUGCUAGAUUAAAUAGAUUACCUGCUGCCUCAGCUGGUGAUAUGGUUAUGGCUACCGUCAAAAAGGGUAAGCCAGAAUUAAGAAAGAAAAUCAUGCCAGCAAUUGUUGUUAGACAAGCUAGACCAUGGAGAAGAAAGGAUGGUGUCUACUUAUACUUCGAAGAUAAUGCUGGUGUUAUUGUCAAUCCAAAGGGUGAAAUGAAGGGUUCUGCCAUCACUGGUCCAGUCGCUAAGGAAUGUGCUGAUUUAUGGCCACGUAUUGCUUCCAACUCUGGUGUUGUUGUUUAG